AUGGCGGACGACGCCACCGUCGCGGCUGUGGCGAGUCGCGCCGAUCGAUUCAGCCGGAUUGCCAAGGUUGUAAGGAGGGAUUUGGAUUGCUACGCUGAGGCUGAUGGAUUAUCGGCGCUGGUGGUGAGGGGAGGUACUUGCGCUUCUUCGUCUUCCUCCCUCCAGACGCUGGAGCCGCCAUGGAUCGCGCGGCGGCGGCGGAGGGAGAUGGCGGCUCUGGAUCAGGAGAGGAGGGAGAGCGAGCAUCAGGCGAGCGUGAGGCAAGUGGUGGAAAUGGCGGUGGGGAUGGGAGAACAGGUUGAUGCCAUGAGGAGGCAAUUGGAGGAGCAAAAUCGGCAGCUCAAGGCGCUCACAGUGGGUCACUGUGCUCAGACAAGCAUCCAGCAGCAGCUACUAGACAUGCUCGCCACGGUGCAAACAAAACAGCAGCGUUCCAAGUCUCCCCCCAGGCCCGCUUAUAUUCACACAACACACGGGCAAACGCCGCAAGAGUAUCACACGCUUACAUGGCUUCACAACAAUCACAGACAAGCUGGUAAGCAUUAUAGGCAUCCGGCUCACGGUUUUCGUCCGUUAAGAAGAUCAUCUAUCCACAGUGACCUGCACAAGUAUGACUCGGGAAGUGACAGGACCAGGACAACUUUUGGAGGAACGCGUAGGCGUGGCCACAGAAGAAGUCCGCCAGUGUCCGUUCCAACCGAGCCUGCGCCAGAGUCUGCUAGAAGUGUAGAGAAAGCAAGAAAACCUUCUCCCAAAAAGACCAAGAAGGUGCCUCUCGUUGCGCUCCUCUAUGCAAAAUGUAAGCGAAGGUGGCAAAAGCAAUCCGCACGAAAACGGGAGAAGACUGCUCGUCAAGCUGCAACCACAUCUUCAGCCGCAACUCAGCCGAAACAUAACAAUGCUAAGUGUCAUCGUCAUCGCAGCCGCACCGAGCAUCAUCGACCGAUAAUCGAAGAGAGGCAUGAAGUACUGGAUCUUAGAAAUGACAACGCGAAGCAGCUUGAGGAUAAAAUUUUAGACUCGAUGCUAGAAGUGCUAAAACAUGAAGACGAGUUGAAGCAACGGUGGCUUGUAUCCGACCAAGACGAAGGGAAGGACAUUGGAAAAUCUAUACUCGAUGAAUUGAUGAAUGAAAUGGCUCCAAGAAAUCCUGAGAAGACCAUGGAAACCAUCUCUCAAACGAAAGAGUUUCCAGCAAGGCAUCACAGUACACUGGCGCAAACAAAAGAGGAUCUAACAAUGCACCGAAGCAUUGAUAAUUUAGUGGUGACCGAGUUGCAAACAAAGCAGGAACCAACAAAGAUUGACAGUAUAAUGACCGAGAUAGAGGAACCGACAAGGCAUCGAAGCAUUGGCAGCACAGUGGGGAACGACUUGCAAACAAGGGAGAAGCCAAGGAAUGAAAAGCACGAAAAACUACUUGCCAUGAUCAUGGACGAACAAGUGGAAGAAAUCUCUGCCGAGCUCUUGCUCUUCUGCGACGACUUUGUAGAGGAUAUAUACUCGUCGGAGUUUGCAUACGCGGAUGAUAAGUAACCAGCAAGCUCGUCUUUUA